AAUCGAUUAAAGCUUCCAUCAGCUUCUCCAAAAUCAUGGCGAAUGGCGGAUGGAAUUUUUGGAAAUUGAAUUUGACCCAUUGAUGCCAACUGGGUCUGCAGCACCACAAUCAAGGGAAUUGGCUGAAGAGCCAGAGCGUGGCGUUUUCCGCAUGAGAAGCAGAAGGUAUGGGAAUGGAGAUGGCGACUGGAAGCAGCAAUCUCUAUGCCAGUUAAGCAUAUCCCCUGCUCUCCCACCCAUCUCUGCAAAUCUCAAUCCCUUAAAUUCAGAACAUUCCUCAUGGAAUUGCAAUUGCCCUCCAUUAAUCUCCAUUCCCGAUUGCUUCUCUUGCUUCUCCCUCUGAUUUUUCAGCUCUUCUCUUGGGUUCGAUCGAAUGCGUCGGCUUUAGGAAUCGAUCGGAAUUGAGGGUUGUUUCUCAUUUUUGUUUUUUCGUAUCGUCGAAUCCAGAUUCUGGAAUUUGUGGAACCUUCUGAUUCGUUGGUGCUGGAGAUCUCUACUGAUAUUUGGUUUGUGGCGUGGAAUGAGGGCUUGUUUGAUUUGGGAUUUUUGCUUUGGGACCGAGGUUUAGGGUUUUUGGCAGAUCGUGAUCAUCAUCCUCUCCUUGUCAACUCGUACAUUGGAUCAGGGGCGGAGGAAUUUUGAUUGCUGGGUUUGUGAAGAUCAAAUCAAUGGGAUCAUCUGGGUUUCUGUUGAUCUGUAUGCUUCAUUCUCUGAUUGCUCUAACUUGUGGGGCCUUGAUGAUGUUUUACUCCCACGAGGUGUUUGUGUUUGGCCAUGGCUCUGAGACUGCUAUUAAGUUGCAGGGAUCUAGCCCCCAUGAUCAGCUUCUGAUACAAACAUCUGAUUCCUUCUCUGGUUUGCUUCUCUUUACUGUUGGAUUCCUUUUGUUCAUGGUGGCUUUUGUCAAAGACAGAGAGUUCCAAACCUUUUUUGCCAAAGGGUGCGUGUUGCUUCACCUAGCCAUGGCCAUAUGGAGAGUUUACUUUGAAAGGAAGCUCGAGGAUCUCGCUCGAGAUUGGCCUCGGCAGGUCGUCGGGGAUAUCACAUUGGCAUUGUCAUGGGUUUUCUUUCUUGUGUAUUCAUGGAGAGAAAAGUAUGAUUAACUUCAGGAAAAGGAGCAUCCAAAAUCCCUUUUGGUGGGUAAAAGACAAUAUGUUUUUUUUUUUUUGGCUGACUGUACUAUAACGCUUUCCUCCACAAGUUCGGUUCAUUGGUCAAAAGGACGACUGACUUUGAAGUUAAAGAUUCAAAUUAUGGUAACUAUAUUUAUCUAGAAUGGUAAAACAUUCUAUUAAUUUUCAAAUGGGAGCAUUUGUCGAAUAAAAUUACUCGAACUAUACGUGAGCUAGGCCUAACAUUUGCGGGAACUUGGGAAGAACACAGUACCUUGAGACUUCAAAUAUGUUGUUAGCUUGGAAGCAAUGCUUUUGAUUUGGACUCCUUAUGUGGCCUUGAAUGAUUGAUGUGAAUACAAAAUUUCCUUUUGUUAAAUUGA